AUGCACUCCAAGUUAGGAAAUGCCUGUGCCCUAUCUACGCAGAAAAUUGAUGUCCACCAUCACUUUAUUCCAGAAUGUUACGCCAAUGCCUUUUCAGCUUUUGCACAUGACCCGUCCGGAUGGAAGCUACCUGCUUGGAGCGUUGAUAGUACCAAGGCUCUCAUGGGCGAUCUCAAUAUCGGCACCUCCAUCCUCUCACUCACUGCCCCUGGUUGCACAAUCCUGAAAGGUGCCGCUGCAGCUCAGCUUGCACGGGAAGUAAAUCACUCGGCCGCGAACAUUCGUGACGGCGACCCAUCUCGCUUCGGCUUCUUCGCAUCACUCCCCCCUAUCCUUGACGAUAUCCCUGCAGCCUUGGCUGAAAUUGCUUAUUCCUUGGAUGUCUUGAAAGCGGAUGGGAUUACGCUGUACACCCGUUACGGACCGGGGAAUGCGUAUCUUGGGCAUGAGAGCUUGAAGCCCAUAUGGGAUGAACUUGAUCGGAGGGCUGCGGUGGUCUUUGUGCAUCCUACCCACCUUGUCGAUACACAGCUUGUAAAUCCAAAACUUCCUCAGCCGAUGAUUGAUUACCCGCACGAGACAACAAGGACCAUCGUCGACCUCAUCAUGAGCAACACUGUCCGUGAUCAUCCAAACUGCAAUAUCAUUUUUAGCCAUGCUGGAGGAUCGUUCCCGUAUCUGGCCACCCGUGCAGCAGAGAUGUUGCCGGACUAUGGUCUCAGUGACAAGAGUGCGGAGGAAUUUAUAGAGGAUGCAAGGACGUUGUUCUAUGACCUGGCGCUAUCGGGGAAUAAAUAUACCUUGGGCUUGUUGACGGGGUUUGUGAGGGAUGAUCACAUUCUGUUUGGGUCGGAUUUCCCCUAUGCCCCUACCAAGACGAUUAAAACUCAUACAAAGAAUUUGGAAGAAUAUGAGCUUCAUACAGCUCUGAGACAUCAGAUCAAUAGGGGAAAUGCUCUGAAGUUAUUUCCGAGAUUGGAUUCGGGUGGGUCCUAA